UUAUAAUUGUGCAUUACAUUUAGUCUAUGUCAGAGAGCUGUAAUUGUUUAAUUGUUGAAUCAAUUUAUUGUUUGAUCCAGAUUUGAAAUCAUAUUGUUCUGCUUUCAACAUUAAAAUGUGUGAUAACAAAGAAAUCUCAAAUGAAGUGCCUGGUUCAUUAAACGAAGGUUCAUCAUCAUCAUCAUCAUCAAAUAUUACAACGUUGUAUGUGGAUUGUUUAGAAGAACUCUUUGAAUGGUUGUCACACAAAGAUCUGUUGGCACUCCGUCAAACAUGCAAGCGAAUGAAGCAAACUGUCGAUUAUUACAUCCGAACGAAUUAUCCAGCAGUUGGGAAAAUGGAAAUUAACGACAAUAAUGUUAAGCAAAUUAAGAAGUUUCACCACAGAGGAUCCAAUCCCAUUGAAUUGAUUGAAGAAGUAAAAAUCUCAACACGAAAAUUUGAUUUGGAUGAGUUCAAAGGACUUUUCAACAAUGUCGAACGUAUUAAGUUAGUUAACGUUAAAAUUGAAGGUGAAUUCUACGAUUUCUUGAAGUUUUGCGACAAAUUAAAAUUCCUACAAAUAAACAUGCAUGCUUCUGAUGGCAUUGUCAUUGGCAAUGGGAACGAGUGGCUACUUCGACAAUAUCCGCAACUUGAACAUGUUGGAUUUAAAGAUGGCAGAGAGACGAAACAAACAAUUGAUGAGCUGAAAACAUUCUUUGAGUUGAAUCCAAACAUCCACAGCUUGACGACUGAUUAUAGCUUCCUCGGAAGUCAUGGAAUUUUUCUGGCUCAGUCUAGAAUAAAAUUCGACCAUUUGCAUGUGCAUGUUGCUGGCAUGCUGUUCAAUAUUGAUUUGUUGAAGGAACUUUAUCGUUUAGGAUUUUAUCAACGGAUAUCUUUAUAUGGUAUCUUAGAAGGUGAUGCUGUUGCUAGCUUAGCAUCAAUACCUGGACUCACGAAAGUUUCAACGUCUUGCUCUUAUUUUAAAUUCCCUGCAAUGCCCGAUCUGAAGGAAGUGAGUUUUACACACGGCGUUUAUUUGCUACAGCCAAUUUUGAAAAAUGUCAACAAUAUUGAAGAGCUUUAUGUUGACUGCUGUUGUUUUGACAAUAUUGUGCCGCUCAUUCGUUAUUUUCCAAAGCUGAAAGUAAUUAGAUUCCAUGAUAAUGAUGAAGGUGAUGAAGGUGACGCAUAUGACCGAUUUGAAGCGACCUGGGGACAAUAUUUCAAUGGAAAUAUCGUUAAAUUAUUUGCACUGAACAAACAACGAGAAAAAUUGAACAGUGCAUGCAAACUCACAAUCUAUGUUCGUCAAAUACUUUUCUUAAAGUAUAAAUGGGCUAAAACCAAAACAAACUACAGAUUGAUCGAACUAAAACGAGUCCAAGCACAUGACGAGUAUAUGCCCCAAUGUGAUUGACUACUAAUAUUAUUACUCAAAGUUUCGGUUUAAUUGUUAACCAUUUUAAAUUUGCAUUGCAAGCAUAUUGCUUACCAGAAGAAAAAAACAAAAAAGACUUCGAACAAAAAAAAGAAAAGGAAAAAAAUCAAAUCGAUUCAUUUCAUUUUCAUGGAAUUAAGGGGUUUCUCCAAAAUGAGACGGCAUGUUUCAGACUCACGUCUAUGUAUAAGUGGAUUAGAAAGCCUGUUGUUUGAGU